AUGUAUGUUUCUGGCUCUGGUGAGAAAUGCGUGAUCUGGAACUACGAUAUAUUCGGAUUUGAUGGUGGUAGAACAAGACAAAACGUUGACCUGUUGGCCAGCCAUGGUUUUAUGGUCAUCCUUCCCGAUUACUAUCGUGGUUUUUUCAUCACUCCAACUGAUCCUGGUCUUAUGGAUCACAUAAAGAAGUACUCCUACAGUAAAUUAGAGCCAGAUGUCAAAAGAGUUCUGAGCUUUGCUCGAAGCAGAGGAGCUACAACUUUUGGGUCUGUAGGCACCUGCUGGGGGAGUUUUCUUGUCAUGAAACUCUCAGCAUUUCCUGAUUUCAAGGCUGGGGUUAGCAUGCAUCCCUCUCACCCAAAAAUGAUGGAGUUGUUGGAGGACAGUGAGGAAGAGGCUUACAAGCAAGUACAAUGUAAACAACUCUUUAUGAAUGCAGGGAAUGAUCACGAGAAUCUGUUUCCUGGUGGCCUUGCAGACAAAGUUUUAGGAGAAAAGCUUACAAUUGAAGAGUUUCCUGAUAUGGUUCAUGGCUGGUCUAUGAGAGCAGAUCUCAGUGAACCCAAGAGUAAGCGUGAUGUCAACAGAGCUGUUAAUUUGUAUCUAGAAUUCUUCGAGAAUAAUUUGUAA